UGCCAACUAAUCCCUCUUUUUGACAAUGACAGCUGUUGACUGUUGUGUUAUGUUUUUCGACUUUAUCAUCAUAAGUUAAGUAAAUAAAAGGAUAAAAAAAAACAGAAUGAGCUACACAGACAAACACGACGUGCCAACAAAGGAAGAGUGGUUGACGAUAUUGGAGGACAACGAUCUCGGUAGAAGUAACAUGAAUAAACUUAUCAUGAAUUAUCUAGUCACAGAGGGUUUCAAGGAAGCUGCGGAGAAAUUCCAACAAGAGUCAGGAGUUAUUCCAUCCGUUGAGUUACAUUCUUUGGACGACAGGAUUAGAAUUAGGGAUGCCAUUAUGACUGGGAAAAUACAAGAGGCAACUGCACUCAUCAACCAGUUGCACCCUGAAUUGUUGGAUAAUGAUAGAUAUUUGUACUUUCAUUUGCAGCAACUCCAUCUCAUUGAGUUGAUUAGAAACAACAGAAUAGAAGAAGCUCUGGCCUUUGCUCAAAGUCAUCUCAGUGAAGCUGGUGAAGAAGACCCUUCAGUUUUGUCCGAAUUAGAAAGAACAGUGGCACUUUUGGCUUUUGAAGAACCUUUGGCAUCUCCUUUCGGUGAUCUGUUGGCACCAUCUCACAGGCAAAAGGUGGCGAGCGAAGUAAACGCGGCUAUCUUAAAAAUGGAACACCAGGAAAACACAGCCCCAAAAAUCUCCACUCUGUUGAAACUCAUCCUGUGGGCCCAAGAAAAGCUGAACAGGAAAAACGUAAAGUAUCCGAAAAUGGUGGAACUCUCGACGGCGACUGUGGAAGAGACUAAAUAGCAGUUUGGAUAUUGUAGUUGUAAAAAGUAAAUAGGGAUAAAUUGAUAUACAUUAUGAAAAAUGUGAUGAUUCUGUCUACUUUUGGAAUUAUGACAUGUGCGUGGAGAGUUUGACAUGGGAACUAUUGUGACUUUGUAAUUUUAUAAUUUAGUUAAGUUAAUACAGUUUUUUUUUAACCAA